AUGGCCUGUACUCGCUCAUGGCGCUCUAUGAUCUGCUCUGCAUUCUCUCCACGACCAGCCUGGAGCAAAUCAAGGCGGCCUAACCACCAGCAGAGCUUCCUCUCCCACCCGGACAACUCGGGGAGCUCUGAGUCUGCCGAGCACUUCACGCGCGUCUCCCAGGCUCACAAGGUGCCGGGCAGUACCACCUUGCGUCAGAAGUAUGCCCGCGGCCUGCCAAGCGACGAGGGCCUGCACGGCCCGGGCGUCCGGCCUUCCAAGAUUCCAGCCGCUGACCCCGAGGCGAGCCCCGCACCUGUCCGCCGAGCUCUCCACCCCACGGCGGUGGUCAGGCCUUGUCGGAAGCCAACCACACCACGUUGGACUUGGACGCCUUCUUCCGGGCGCGCUGCGGUGAGUGGCUGGAGCGCAAAUGGCGGCUGA